UCAGACGGUCCAGCGCUGCGUGGGCCAUGGUGCAGCUCCGGCCGCGCGCGUCCCGCACCCCGGCGUCGGCGGAGGCGAUGGUGGACGAGGGUCAGCCGGCCUCGGAGGAGGAGGCGGAGCACGGCUUGUUGCUCGGGCAGCCCAGCAGCGGCGCAGCUGCCGAGCCGCUGGAGGAAGACGACGAAGGGGACGAUGAGUUUGACGACGAGGCCCCGGAGGAGCUGACUUUCGCCAGCGCCCAGGCGAAGGCGAGAGAAGAGGAGCGGCGAGUGCGGGAGACCGUGCGCAGGGAUAAAACGCUCCUGAAGGAGAAGAGAAAGCGACGCGAGGAGCUGUUUAUCGAACAAAAGAAAAGAAAACUCCUUCCAGAUACUAUUCUAGAGAAGUUAACUACAGCUUCACAGACUGAUGUAAAGAAAUCACCGGGAAAGUUGAAAGAAGUUAAUUUGCAAAAGAAAAAUGAAGAGUGUGAAAAAGGAAGUGGUUCCAAGAAAGUUAAAGUGCAAAAAGUACAGUCAAUCAGCCAGAAUAAAAGCUACGUGGCUCUAAGGCUAAAAGACCAAGAUCUGAGAGAUUCAAGGCAACAAGCAGCGCAAGCCUUCAUACACAAUUCUUUAUAUGGUCCAGGAACCAACCGAACUACUGUUAAUAAGUUCCUGUCUCUUGCAAACAAGAGGUUACCAGUGAAAAAGGCUGCAGCCCAGUUUUUGAAUAAUGCUUGGGGAACUCAGAAAAAACAAAAUGCCAAGAAGUUUAAAAGACGGUGGAUGAUCAGAAGGAUGAAAACUCCUAAGAAGUAAAUUGAAGCUAAAGGAAAAAUAUGUAUUUUGUAUGUAUAGAACUUAGUUAUUCAGUUGAGAGGACUAAUUUCUCUGAAAAAUGCAAUAAAUCAUUCAUAAAUCAUUUUUAGA